CGGAAGUCAGAAGCGACUACGUGUCAGGAAAAGAGAAGUCGGCUAAAUGGGCGAAGGCGACCAGGUCGUCUGAAACAAUCUUUCUGCAACAUUUGAGUGGUUCCUUUUGUUAGGAUUGAGACAAUUUAAGGAUAGUUUUUAAUAAUUUGUCCUGAAGAUUUGAACAGCGACGAUGCUAACAAAAUUUGAAACCAAGUCUGCGCGUGUGAAAGGUCUGAGUUUUCACCCAAAAAGGCCAUGGGUUCUUGCAAGUUUGCACAAUGGUGUCAUCCAGCUGUGGGACUAUCGGAUGUGCACACUGAUCGACAAAUUUGAUGAACACGAUGGUCCUGUCAGAGGAAUUGAUUUCCACAAGCAGCAGCCUCUUUUUGUGUCUGGAGGAGAUGACUACAAAAUCAAGGUGUGGAACUACAAGCUGAGACGCUGUCUCUUUACCCUUUUGGGACACCUGGACUACAUCAGAACUACGUUCUUUCACCAUGUGAGUUGUUCCACAAGUUUAACACAUUCUUAUUCUUAACAUAGAGUAGAAAUC